AUGGCAGCUGGCAAAGAAGAAUCCAACAACCCAACCUCGCCUCAAUACACCCAUAUAUCAAACACCACCGCAGCAAAUACCUUCACCGAUAUCUACAUCGCCAUUAAACCCGAACAACAUCGCCUCCCAACUAGACUUUUAACACCGCAACCGACUACACUACCUAUUAAACUUCAAAAAUUAAAGAAACAUGUUAACAUUGUCAAAGGGCAAUUUAACGUGUUCACACUUGAAACGCCACAAAACCCACAAGAACCCGACGAAACUAUUAUUGUUGACGUGAAAUGCGGUAGCAGCAGUAUUAACACUAACGAGUCGGUCGAUUUCCCGAACACAAACGCCGAAACGUUGUUUACUUCACUUAGCACAUGCCUCGACGAUUUCAUGGCUACCGAGUCGGUAGAAAUACCUCAAAUAUUCACGACCCCUGUGAAAGUAAUUCAUAAGGGAAAAGAUAUAACGGCAGCCAGAAAACAAUUUGAAGAACAAGAAACAGAAACGGAAGCAAAGAAAGCAAAGAAAACCCCGGCGAGGAAACAAAAACGGGAAUGUGGGCGCCCUACCACCGAUCAACAAUUGACACGUAUGGACGAAGAUUUUAACGACCUGCAAGCUUUGCAGCUAACACGACGUGAACUGACCCUACCUGAUGCGCGGGGUAAAUGCAAGAAAUCGAGAAAAAUUUUGACAAAACUACCCCACGAUAUUGUUGUCGAUACCAUGCGCGAGUACCAGACCUACGAACUAUUUGCAGAUACACGGACUAAAGCACUGCAGGAUAUUCAGGAAAAACGUGAACUUUUAGAAAAAAUUAACGCUCCAGAAUACGUACUGUCUACGUUAUUAAAAAAACGAAAUGAUAGCGACUCUAGCACAUGA